CACAGUAACCAGAUCACGCAAACAGUGCACAGGAUCAUUCCCUGACUACCCACGGAAAGGCUACGAGCUGCAGACCCAAGACCAGCUGAGCGCAACGAACACUAAGCACGAGCACCAAGAUUUUCUGUCCCUAGACACAAGUAUAGAGAUGAAUCUAGUUUCUCCCAAGUCCCUAAUACUGAGGCUUGAAGGGAUCGAUAUAUAGAGGGUAAAAAUUGUAGAGGCGAACCGUAGCUCGAAUACAGUAAGCUGGUUCGGAUGGAUGUUGGUUGUAGUAGUUAUGUAGGGUCAAAGAGGCUUGCAAAGGAUAGAAUAACGUGGACAGCUGGCUCAAACCAAUCUUCGGAGCAAAGUCCACAAGAACACCAUCUUCUACUUUUUUUCAAACAAUUUUUAUGAAAGCAUUCUUAAGUUAUCUUUUCAACGACUUUUAUUGCGUCUUAAAUACAAAAUAAACAAUUCUAUUCUCUAAAUUUUAGUUAUUAGAAAAAACUGUUGAAAUACGCACGCCAAAGACAUGCCGACAAUUUGAAGCAAUGUGAUGUCUGUUCGGUUCUUUUACGUCAGCUAGGUGUCUAAAAUGGUGGUACAUAUAGUUUAGGGUGAUUGUUUAGUAUAUGUAUGUGUUCUUCUUAUAGGUGUAAAAUAUCAUUGGAAACGAUUCAUCUUUUUAUUUACCUGGUUUAUGAACUUGUAAUCUGACGCUGGGGGCUGCUUCAUGGAAUGUUAUGAUACGCCGUAUUCGCUGUUUCUGUUAGCACGCCGGUUAUGUGUUAAAUAUAUUAAUCUCAGUUGUUGGAUUCGAAAUGACGAUGGUUAAAUGUUAAUGUGCUGUGGCAGUGACUUCAUCAAAACAUGGUUAGUGCUUGUGAUAAUUUUUCAUUUGCAAAGCCUGGUGAUUUUUAUUGUGCAGCAUGUCGCAGCGUGUUUCGACGCGUCGAUGUUAGAUGCAAAAACAGUUGGCAUUCAUGAUUUAUGUGUUCCUGAAAACCUGAUUGGAAAUAUUGCAUAAUGGGUAUCCAAGACUUGCAAGCUUUUAUUGAUAGUUCACAAAUACCAGGCAGUUCAGUGCCUGUGGAUUUAUUGAGAAUUGCCCGGGGAUUGGCAGUGAAACAGAGUCGACAGCAGCAAAAGACUGGAAAACCAUUAAACCAUGUUAAUAGCAAACUGAGUCUUGUAGUGGAUGGGGAGUGCUGCUUGCAUCGCCUUUAUGGUGGCUACUUCUCAGAUUGGGUCUGUGGUGGCCAGUGGAAUCGAAUGGUCCAAUUCUUAGCCAUUUUGGUCCAGACAAUACAGACUAACAACAUUGAAUUAGCAGUAUUUUUUAAUGGUUGUUUGGAACAGCAACGAAUGAAUGAAUGGAUCACGUCCCAACUUCGCAUUAGGCAGAAGAUUAAUCAGGUUUUGAAGCACAUAAAUAUAAAGGGAACACCACCACCUAAAGUAUGGUGGGCAGCUCCAAGUUGUUUGAGGACGUGUCUUCGUAUGGCUCUGAGGCAUCUUAGUAUCAGUGUUUUAUGUACCAUGGAUGAUCAUCAUCAAGAAGUGAUUGCCUAUUGCCGAGAAAAUUGUUUUUACGGGCUGAUGGCUGACGAUGGAGAAUAUGCAGUGUUUGAUCCGCCGCGUUACUUCUCUUCAGAGCAUAUAAAACUUACAUAUAAGGGAUCACUGGAGACCAAGGAAUACAUUUUGAGUGAAGUCACGAAAGGCUUGGGUCUUAGUUCUGAUCGUUUAUGUGUUGUGGCUGCUCUUCUGGGAAAUUAUUUGUUGCCUGAACAAGAUCUAUUAGAAUUCUACCAUAGACUAGGGUUGGUGCAAAGCUUAGGAAAGAUUCCUGUUGAUCCUUUAGUGAAGACAGUUGCAACCUAUGUAAAGGGACUGCCAUCAGUUGAGAACUUGGAUACAAUUGCAGCUCAGAUUUUUGGUUCAACUACAGAUCCUCGAGUUUCUAGAUUCAAACAAAGUGUGCAGUACUAUUUAAAUGGAACAAAAGAUGGGUUCUUAAGAUACAGAACACAGGCAGCCCACCACCGACAUGGUUAUUCACAUUUUCCUGCACAAAAGAUUUCCCCCCAUCAAAACAAAGGAAAACAUGUAGAUCAAGUGGACAACUCCAAAUUUGCCUCAGAGACUGUGGAAAGUGAGCGUGACAGUUUGCAGGCAUACAAUGAAGCUACAGCAAGUUCUGCAGGGACACCACAGAUUGUAAUUGAACCACCUGGCAUAGUGCCUGAUGAUAAAAUGAAACCGAAUGGUUCAGCUGUCAUUGAUGGCUCUGAAGAAGAGACAGGCACUAAAUCUGGUACCAAUUCAGUUAGUACUGUCAAUGGAGGACACUCGGGAACUCUGAUUAUUAGUGUGUCCAGCUCCAGUAGUAGCUCAAGUGCCACAUCUCCUAGUCGUACUCCUGAGAACAAACGGAUGACAAAUCAAGAGGAUUCCCCAAUAAAAUCUGUGACUUUACCUACUGUACCACCAGAAGUUAUGCGGACAGCUAGUGAAAGACACCAGAAAGGCCUUAUGUCACCAUAUAUAUAUCAGAUUUUAACUCAGGGUGAGAUAAAGUUACCAGUGCUGAUGGAAGAUGAGAAUCACAAAGAUUUGCCAAGCAUACACUUGGUAUUUCGCCCUGUACGACAGAUGGUCUAUGCAAUUCUUUUCAAUCUCCACCAUUACAUAUAUAUGGCAAGCAAGCAGAAAGAGAGAGGAGAUGAAGAAAAGGUUGAAGUACCAGAUAUUUGCAUAAAAGAAUGGAUAUGGUCAAAAAACAAUCAGUAUCAAACUCCUGACUACGUUCGAGCAGAGCAGGUUGGAUGGGGUGUACCAACAAUCCAACGACUCUGGUUUGGGUCUGCUAUAGAUGACAAAAGGAGACGACUUAGAGCAUUUUUGACAUGUAUGCGGUCUGACACACCGUUAAUGUUGAAUCCUACAUAUGUGCCGCAGCAUUUACUCGUUAUGGCAUCUGUUUUGCGAUUUAUUAUGUCUCACCCAGAAAAAAUUUUGUUGCAUAAAAUUGAAUUGGAUGUCUUCAUUGCACAAGCAUUUUCACCUGCUCUUAUGAAUGCACACCAACUGCAGGAACUACAGUUGCCGAUGGUUACAAGUAGAGGAGUCCAACUGGCAGCACUUUUCAUGCAGGGGGUCGAAACAGCGCUGUUGGCUAAUGAUGCUUGUGGAGCUCCAAUACCUUGGUUGAUGUGUUGCCCAUGGUUAUUUUUUGAUGGAAAACUCUUUCAUCACAAACUUGCGAGAACUUCUACAGCUAAAAGCCUUCUCGAUUUAUGUGAACAUCGAUAUGAAUAUGUUUUGAAAGUAGAACGUAUGCGCCAAGCAAUAUUAGAAGGCCUUGAUAUAGACUAUUGCAUAGCAUCUGUGCAGACACAACUAUCAGGUAUGAGGGUUCGUCUACCACCUAACAUAGCAUCCCCACCUGGAGUUAUACCACCACCAGUUCGAGCAAUGAAUGCAAUAAAUGUUCCUGAGCGUGUUUAUGCACCACGUGGGCUUUUCCGCCGUACAGUGCCUAGUAGAGGUGGUCAAUUGGAGAUAGCAGGAGUGGUGGUAGGCAGCUGGGGACCUAAUUAUGGGACACGUGGUGUUCCACAAGCAACUGGUUCCUUUACACCCCACAGGCCAAGCGGUGGCCGUGUUGUUCCGCCACAGGUCACUUCUGUGGGUGGCCCGAAAGCAUACCGACAGGGGAACAACAUGCAGGGAUAUCAUAUGAACUCACUCAAUGGCCGUCCACCUACUUUCCAGACGCGUGCAUCCAGUAGACAUUUUGGAGUCCCUGGUCGUGGGAAAAGAAACCAGAGUGGUGCAAAGAAAAAGUCUUCAGGCAACAAGAAAGGCACAAGGGAUGCUGAAAAAAUGGACCUAAGGAACCUAACCCCCCCUGAUACACCGGAUGAUGCGGCUAACAAAGAGGAUGAGAAUGACGGUACUGGUCGUCGCCGUGUUCAUAGUCCACCCAUCAUCGACAUAAAUGGAAGGAGUGACACACCGAAUGGCUCUUCACAGAAUCUCACUGAUGUGUUUAGUGCUUCACAUUCACCAAUUGAAGGCUCUGUUACAGUGCUAGAUGUUGUGGCAGAUGUUGGACAUGCAGACAGACAUGUAGACGAAGAAGAUGACUCAAAUAAAACUUUGUUGGCAGGGGUGCUGUCAACAAAUACAUAGUCUCAGCAUUUGUGUGAUAGUGUAAUACUUUUUCUACCAGUUGCUCAGAAUGGUUAUUGAAAGUAAAGUGCAAAACUUUAUUCGAACUAUGGCAUCUUAUAUCCCUGAGUGGAAGGCCAAUACUUCUAACUUCAAAUGCAGACAUUUACAGGAAAAUAGUGCUUUCAUUUCACAGUUGUGUGUUUCUGGUUUUGUACUUAAUAACUGCAAUACAUUUUGUGGAUAUUGGGUAAGUAAUAUUUGGAAACUUUUUGAUCCUUGACUCUUAAUGUAGCACGGAAACUAUGUCAACAUUUUAAAAAAAUAGAAAAGACUGUAUACUGCUAAACUAGUGCCUUGAUUUAUAAGUGGUACAAAACAUUAGUUAAUGGUGUCAGAUCUCUUUGGCUAUAUUUUAUGGCAGUUUUUUGAAUGUGGAUUUUGUAACAGUACUUACCUAGAUUACUGUUUUGAAUGCCGAAAGUUUGAACUAAGAGCUGUUAUAAUAAAUUUUUAAGCUUGCAUAAAGUUGUGGCAGUUAUUGACUGUAACAUACAUUUGUAAAGCUUAAUUUAUUUACAUUAUUUAUCUUACUUUGUUAUGGAAGCAUUUGAAGUAUGACUACAUAUGGGGAAGCAUUUGAAGUAUGACUACAUAUUUGCCUUCUUCUCAGAUUAUUACAGUUUUAACUGUUGAAAAAUGUGACUACUUUUUUUAUUGUAUUUUAAAGUUAGAUAUAAAUAGUUUUAAUAACAAAAUGCACCACUGCUUCUGUUAGCAUUCUCUCUCUUUUUUCCCCUCCCCCCCCCCCCCACCUUUCUCUCUCUCUCUCUCUCUCUCUCUCUCUCUCUCUCUCUCUCUCUCUCUCUCUCUCUCUCUCUCUCUCUCUCUCUCUCUAAAUUAUUAGUACUGAAACUGUCAUUUGGUGGCAUUGGUAUUUAAAGUGAUGUUAUUUGGUAACAUCAGUUUCCAAGUUUCACUUAAAAUAUUUAUUAAAAUAGCUAAUUAUGUUUAUGACAAUUACUUUGUCAAAGUAAUAAGUAUGGGGGUUUGUAAAGAUGAUAUGAUUUUACGUAUAAAAUGAACUAUACGUAUACUGAAUAAGAAAAAUUGACAACAUAAAUAUUAAUUGCAUAUUAUAUGUAAUGGCUCUAAAUUACUGAGACAUGUGAUGAAAAUGCACUUGAUGAAUUCCUGAACCUGUUUGAAAAGUUACUGCUGAAUUAUCUAAAUCUAAAACUGAAGAAAAUCAAUCUCAAAAACCUUUUGCUUUCCAUAAGGAUGGAAUAGUACAAGCAGUCUUGUUUCAAUUGUUGCAAACAGUUGACUUCGGAAUGCUAAUGUAAGAAGUACUUGAUCAGUUGUGUUUGAGAAUACUGGUGUCUUCAAACACUCAGCUCCCUCAUUUCCACCCUGUGGUGUCAUGCCCCUCUCCCCACCGCCACUCACUUUUGUACAUCUGCCCUUAUUUUUCAAAUAGUACUGUGGUUUUAGUUGGCACUUGAAAGUUAUUUUGUGGUUGGGAAAUUAGAUUAGACUUCAGAGGCAACUGAUUCAGUGCAAUUUUCCAUGCUAAAUUCUAUAGCCAGAAUUUGUGACAGUUGACUUUUGGGAAGUCUUAAUAAACAACGUUAUAUUAUCAUAACAAUAACCAAGGAACUAAUCUUGAAGCAAAUUUGUAAGAGAUUCUGACUGAUCUGCAGGGUAUUGUUGUUUUGAUGAUUCUGUGUACCACUCAGUCGUGCAUCUCGGUGUACUCUACUGACUUCUUCAAGUUGCACUACUACCAUAUAAUUUUUCACUCACAUAGACUGCUAAACAGUAUUGUCCUCUCAUAACAUUACAGCAUGUACCUCACUCUUGAAGAUAAUGAUGAUUGAUACUAUCAUUUGCUUGUAAUUGAAGAUGGAUCAUGUUACUUAAGGUGUAGAUGGCUUGUUGUCAGUUAUAUAAAUUGAUGCUGGUCAUAAGCACAAGGAAAAAAGAAAAGGAACAGUUGCUUUGAAAUUGAUUUUGGACAAUGAAAAAUAUAGGUAGAUGGCACUGAUGGAAAAGAUUUCUGUACUACAAGAAAUUUUAAGGUAUUGGGUUUCACAGGUUUAGUAUGAAAAUACUUCAGAAUAUUCGUAGGCCAACUGUAUAGUUAGUUUAGCAACAUCUUUGUUGACAUGUUGACAGUAAGUAUUGAAUUAAUAUUUGACCGGAUGGGGGGAGAUAGAUACAUGUAGACCAUACGAAUAGCUUCAAUUAGCUACGAAUAGCUACAAGUCACUGAGUAAAGCAGUAGUUAGGUUCAUCAUGCCAGUGUAGGGAGUUCAUAUUAUUGAGUCAAAUACUUUUAAUGGCAGUGAUAAAUAGUGAUACAUUUCUUAAUUUUACAUCAGUGCAAUACUUUCAUAGUUUAUUUUGAGGUAGGUUGUAUUGAUAGUAAAAUGUGAGGCGCACAUAAGUGAUCAUAUAGUGGACAAACUUUUAAAGUAGCUUUGUAGCAGAUUAAGAGUUUGCAUGUAAAAGAGAGAGAGAAGAUGGUGCAUUUUGAAUAAUAUUUUGUUAGAGGCAAAUACAGUGAAAAUUCUAUUGUCAUUUGUUGACUGCCAGUGUUAGAUUUAAGCUAUCCAAAGAUUUGUAUUAUGGAAACCUGAUUUUUUAUUUGUGUGUGUGUGUGUGUGUGUGUGUGUGUGUGUGUGUGUUUUGCACUUGAGAGCAAUGUAGGGAAAAAAGAAAGGCGCAAGACUGCUGUGAUCUCUUCCACAGGAACUACUUAAUUUUCAAUGCAAUGUACUGUGGUAUAUGUAGUGUGAAUUAUAGAAAUCAGCAACAUGAAGCUUGUGUGAGGACAAUAACAUUUGUGUAUUGACAACAAGGUGAUUGCUGUGUUGGUGAUUUUGAACAUCAGCUGACUUAGGAGUGUAAAGUGGAAGUAUUUUUAUUAAUGUUAUAUUGCCAAAACAGCUAUAUGAGCGUACAAAACUAUUUAAAUCGUGCGAGUGUAUGAAAAGUGAGCAAUUCUAUUUUUCUAUAUUUGUUAUGUUGUUACAGAUAUAAUACCUAUUAAUAUGUAACUUAUAUAAAUAGAAGAAAGGAAAUGGAGACUACCAGUUGUUGAACCUGCUUACACUGCAAGCUUCAGCAGAUUGUUUUCAAUUACAUUAGAGAAUUAAGGUUGAGAAGUUAACCUUUGAUUGACCAUUGUUGAACUGAAGUUAAUGUUCCAUGUUAUGACAAGAGGAUUGCUAUAUGUUACUCAGAUUUCUGGAAUUUGGUUUUAGUAUGAAAUAGCACAAUUCAUAUGCAAGUGUGGUUUUUGAAAGCAACUUGCUGAUGCUUUGCAUAACUAAUGUGUUAAGAGGUAUUGGGGGUGAGUGGUGGUGAUUGUGAAUGCAGGCCCAUUUUUAUCAAGUUGAAAGUAAUUACAGUCAUUGUCCAGAUGGAGCCACACAGUGAGUUCUGAAAAUGACCUGAAUUGCUUGGGUUCGUUAUGAGUUUAGUACAUAACACCCAUCUUGAUAUAUUUUUGCCUCUAAAAGUAUUGGAAAGGAUAAACUAUUAGCUGCUUUGAGCAGUUUUUUGGAAAAUAAUGCAGGUAAGCCAGAAGAAAACUCUUUCUGAAAUGUUUUAACAACUCAUCCAUAUAUCCUAUCAAUUAUGCCGUGAAUGUUUCAUAAUGAGUUAAUAUUAGGAAGGAAUCUCAUCUUUAUGUUGAAGCAUAAGGAGAAAACUGAAUCACACAGAUUUCAGUAUGACAUAUUUACCAGUUACGUCAAGUCUCAUGUUACUGAAUUCUUGUAAUAUUGUUUGAACUCAAAAUGUUAUGGACUCAAAUACAGCCCAGUUUCAUGUUUGUAGUGAAAAAGCAAACUGCCACUGACUACUCAGUUGCAGACUUCAUGGCAGAGAUCGAUAUCUAAGCACAACAAUAUUUGUAUCUUCAUUGCUGGUGCCAAAUCAGUGAUGCGUUGUCAUACUUUUGCAUUUUGUGAGUAAUGAAAUCAAUAAGGACAGUAGUGCAAGUUAUUCUUCAGUUAAGAAUGACACAAUUUUAUUCUUUUUUUGUUUUUAAUACAAAUGGGAUGUUUCUAUAACACCUCUUAAUCCAUUCAUGAUAUUCAUACAUUGAACUUGGGGAAGAAAGUUUCCAAGCAAAUUUGAUCAUUUAAAAACUUGAUGAACUGCUAAAAUGAUUGAAUUAAUUAGGAAGUAUUCUGAGAAAAGAAACAAUGUUUAAGCAACUAUAGUUAUUGUUAUACUGAGUAAAUGAAAAUAUCUUCAAUAACAUUUGUUUUCAUUCUGGGGCCCACUUAAUUAAUGUCUUUUGGUAAUGUUAAGACAUAUUAUAACAGGAUGUAAACCAUAUCUUUGCUUAGGUUAAGAUGUAGCUAUAUUUUCCCAUAAGUUGAAAAUGACAUACCCAGUGAUGUAUCUCUUAAAAAUGUAAUGCCUAUUAUUUGAGUGUGGAUUAACUUGCAAAAAAAUUAGCAUUUAAUUAAUUCAUUGUACAUUUUGUUCAGAUGUUACAUACACUGAAAUAUUUUCACAUUGUUAGUAAGCUUUCUCAAUAUCAAAAACAAAUAAAAAAAAUUGUACUUACUGUAUGGAAUAAAAUUAAGUGGCUGUAGUACCACCAAGUUUUUACAAAAGUUUUCAUUUGGGCUAUUGUUCUCAUUGGAGUUUAAUUGUCAAGCUGAAAACUUUUAAAGAUGAUAUUUUAGUGCUUCUAGUAAAUAUGUACUUACAGACAUUAAACAUGUCUUCACAAAGUUGUUUUUAUUGUGUUUUUACUUUAAGAGUAUUUGCUAGUAGCAUCAGUCAUUUCCUGCAAUGAUGUAGUCUAAAACUCAUAUGAAGUGUUAUUUCUGAAGUAUUCUAAUGAUGAAAAAGAAUUCAAAGUUGGCAUGUCAAAUACAUUUUAGGAAUGUGUAUCUGUAAAAUAAGUAGAUUAAUUGGUUAUCAGAUAUCAAAUUGUAGCCCAUAAAAACAGCAAAGCUGCAAAAUAAACACAUUAAUCAGUUAAGUAUUAUAUCUAUAUACUACACAGGAAUAUUCACCGAGUGGGAUUUUUCACUGCCUUGCUGUUGCUCAGUCCCCCCUCACUACUUUUUUUAUGCAACAGUCUGCUGCCCAUUAGAUGCUGUGAUGUGGUGCUAAUCACAGUUAUUUGUUAAUCAUAUUACUGUUCAACACAGUUUUCCAUUUAGAUAUUUCAACAUUUUACUGUCAUUGAUGGUGACACCAAUUUAUGUUUGUAGUUUAUAUCAUACACCAUUCAUUCUCCUUCAGAAGAUUUUUUUAAACCUUCAUAAGGAAUGUGUAAACCACAUGUAACAACACUACUUGUACAUUCUUGUAACAAAAAUAUUCACAAUGUUGUUGCUUGAGCUAUCUUGAUGUGAAGAUAUCUAAAUCUUCAGACAAGAAUAAUAACCAGCCCUCCUUUUUUGAUGAUUAGGUCUUCAUUUUUGCUUCUCUUUCAACAUACUAUUGUAAUAGUAAUAGUAAAAAAUUUGUUUGCAUUUGGGCUUGCAUGGUGUGUGUUAUCUCACUGUAUACUGAAACUGUUGCAGUUGAGUAUUAAGAAUAAUUGAUUUGAGUAACACAGUGUAUAGCAGGCAGAACAAGUUCCACAUCUGUUUUGUAUUAUCUGUGUAAUAUUUAUUUAUUUAGAACUAUCAACACUUUUAACUUAUAAUGUGCAGAAUAUAAGACAUCUAUAAAUAAAGUAAGUCCUUAUGUACAGUAAAAAAAAUUUAUUACAAAAAAAGUUGAAGGUGGGCCCCGACAUGUUAUCUUUCCCCAUAUUCAGGCAGUUUAUAUUAAUACUAAGCCAAAUAAGAUAAUGCAAUUAAGAACAUUUGUUUAUACUUCUUAAAAUAAUAUAAAAUAGGUUUCACAGUUUUGUUUGGUUCUGAAAUUAAUGCUAGGAACUUUGAGUGUAAACUUAAAAGCAUAUGGAGACAGGAAAUAAUAAAUUUUACCUGUUGACACUUAAGUCACCAUAUUUGAUGUAGUAUAUUGUCCUUUUGCUGUUCAAAAUUUUUUGGGAUUGAAUCAAUUUAUAUUUGAUGUGAAAUAAUUAAGUUUUUAAGAAUUGCAGUUUCUUUGAUAUCUCCAUUUGCUUUUGAUAAUGUAUUUGCUAUACAUGUAAAUCAUAAAACCGCUUUGUGUAAUUAUUGGUAUAUAAAGUAUAAUAUAAAAAGGAGGUUAAAUGGAAUUCAUACUAGCUUUAGUUAAAAGUGGCUCUGUUUUUUUUUCUCCACUUUUGGGAAUUAGGAAAUUCUGAAAUUUUAUCACCUGUGUCAAAAUUCUCUCUUCCGUUUAUCUUGGUUUGCCUGUUGAAAUACGGGUUGUGUUAGGUUUGGAACUAUUUCAAACACUCAUUCUCUUCUUUCUGUUUUUCAUAGCUGCCAAAAAAAAAGUGGCAUUCAUAUUAUAUUUUUGUAUGGAACUGCAAGUCUGUGCUGUGAGGUUGGGCCAGGUUACAUUAUCAGAAGUGUGUAAUAGCCUUGUGCAUCUCCUUGGCAUAUUUUUGGUUAUUUCAUUGAUGGAGAAACUUUAUAUUUUCUUUCUUGUGGUUCUUUAAUCAUGUUAACGAUGGUUACUUUUUUAAAAAAUUCUGGAACUCCUGGUUCCAUGCAGAAGUGUACUGUUAAAUUUUCGUGUUGAUGCAUACCAGCUUGCUGAACUUUGGAAGAGUAUUAAAAAUAAAACACAAAGUAAAGAAAGGGCAUGACUGCCCUGGGUAGUACUUCAGAAAUUGUUUAUAAAAUAAUUUUAUUGUGUUUAUUAAUAAUGUAUGCAACCAGGUGUGAACUUUUUUAAACAGUAAAACAGAAGUCAUGUGUUUUAAAUAAUGUCAUUUUGCCAAGGAGUUAGUGUUGAUAUUUGUGAACCAGCAAGCUUUGUGGUGUAAUAAAGUAAUGGUGGUACUUCAA